AUACUCAAAUUGAAUUAGAACUUUUGACUGAAAUAUCAGUCAAAAGUUCUAAUUCAAUUUAAAGAAUGUAUUUAAAGAUAUAUCAUAUCAAUAGAUAUGAUAUAUCUUUUGACACUUCUGAUACAGUAUUGUUCUCAAUAUUUAUUAUGACAACGUAUUACAACAGCAAAGUUUGAACAAAUCAUACUUACUUUGCUGCUAAGUUAAGUUACUAUUUAAGAUUUGGGAAAUUAAAUCCUACAUAGUCAUUAGGUGUAAAAGUAUUAAAACUUGAUAUUGGUCUUAAAAAUAUUAUAUGAUAUUAAGUUAAUCAAUUUGAAUUAAUCAUUUUUAAAGUAGUAAAAGUAAAAUUUAAUACAUAUUUUAUGUAUUAUUUUCUACCCUCUUUUUAAUAUCUCUAUCUAUUUUUGUUUUCAUAAUCAUUUAAACUCAUUGAUUACUCUAUUUGCUUUAAAUAUUACUGUAAAAAGAAACUUAUAUUCUUUUAUUAAUUUCAGCUUAUUGAAUUUUUAUACACAAAUAACAAUGAUGACCCGCAAAGCUGCAGUUCAAAGUACAGAGCUUAAAUUGAAACAAGCCCUGGAAGAACUCAAGGUAACAAAGGAAACUUGUCGCCAGCUACUUCGUGAACGUGAUGAGGGUGAAGAGGAAAUUGAGAAAAAUAUUCAAAGGAACACCCAGCUCAAGAGCGAACUAUCCCAACUUCACUCGGAACACAUGGAAGUGAUUCUUCAACGAGACCAUCUUAACGACACUGUCAACAGCUUUGACCAGCAGUUCAACACAUAUGAGAGGGCUCUUCAACGUAUCACAGACCUAGAAAAAGAACUUAUUGAUGCAAAUAACCAACUAGCACAUUAUAAAGAAAUUCAACAACUCCAGGAAACAGCACAUACACAGAGCCUUUUUGAGGAAUUAAUGGCAUCUCCCGGAGCGCCCUUGACACAAUAUCAACAGCCUAUUGUUUAUGAGAACACUGCUGUACAAAACUGUGUAACUGGCAAGAAAAAACUAAAAAAGUAUAUUCGCAUUAGUAAAUUUAUAAAAAGAACAGGAAAGUUAAUUAAAAGAAAUAAUUGUUUUCAUAAAAAUAUAGCAUUAAGGAAGGAAAGAAUGGACCUUAUUGAUUCUAUAGAUAAAUAUAGUUCAAAGUUGACUGAGAGUAGGCAGGUGUACGACAGUGAUACAAAGAAAUUACAUUUAGAGAUUCAAUAUUUACAUGAGUCACUACAAACAUUAUCUAACAAAUAUUCAAAUGCACAAAAACAAAUAAGUGAGCAUAUAAAAUCAGCUUCAGAAUUAGUUGAACUAUGCAACUACAAUGCAGAACGUUAUGAGUCUUUAGUAAAAAAUCAAUUAAGUAGUUCUUUAAAUCAAUCUUCCUUGCAAUCAACAUCAUCUGAAAUUAUAGAGGUUGUUAAUAAUAAUUCUCAAACAGUUAAAAAUUUUGGUGGUUCAUCUGUCUGUUCUGGGUCAACUUGCAAAACAUAUAACAACUCCCCUGUGAGGUCAAUCUGCACUACAUAUAGUACCUCUCCCUUCAAACCAGUGCUAUCUGAGAACACAACUAGAAGUAAAACAAUUAUGUUCUCGGAUAAGUUAGGAUGCGGCUUUGGAUUAAUGUUAAGGAAUUAUUGUAAUGAAAGAAUUAUUGGGAUAUGUAUGCCAGGUAAAUCAAUAAAUGACAUUGUAAGUGAACUGAAUCAGUAUAAUGCGGACAGUUUGACAAACAUAGUUAUUAUGUGUGGUGACAGCUCUAAAAUAAGAGCAAGAGAUAUGUAUAGAAAUAUAGAGGUGCUACUUAACUAUCAGUCUAGGUGCAAGUGUAAAAUAAUAAUAAGCGCUUUCCCAUAUGCAGAAAAUUUAACUAGGGAACAAAACAAGCGCAUCUUUAAUUUGAAUUUAAUAAUUUAUAAUUUAUUAAAUAGUCAUAGUGACAAUUUUUUAUAUUUUGAUAUAAAUAAAUAUAUUAGUAAAUUUAAGUUGACCACAGAUACUAUGUAUCUUGCAAAAAAAUAUAAGACUCAGAUAGCUACUUUGUUAGCUUUUAAUAUACAAAACUCAGUUAUACAUGGUAUAACAAAGUCUAUGCAACUGGAUUGUUUUAGUGUCAGCACUAAUAAAAUUAUUAAUUUAGAAAAUAGGGUGACCAACUCAAAUUUAAACUGAGGGGUACGACAACAGCCAAAUCCAACAAAAUUAAUAUUAUUUAUCAGAAUAUUCAAGGGUUGGCUGGCAAAGAUUUAGAAUUAGAACUAUUUGCAAAGAGCCAGGAUAUUCA